GAGCAUCGCAAUUACAUGGCAUCUCUGCCGUCAUGAUACCAUUAAUAGACUAUCGUGAGUCUUAUUUCUUUCCACUUGCUCGGCCUCGCGGGUUUACAUUCUGUAAUUUUCUGACUUUUGUCUUAGCUUUUGUUUGGCUGGAGAAUGUCACGGGUGCGUUUAAGGAUGAGUGUAUGUUCCGAUCCUCCCAAUUUUUUUUUUGAUACCUCUGACAUGAUACUGGGAACGCAGUGAAGCUUAUUUUUACCAUUCUAUUAUCCUACCCGCUCGCUGGCGUUCUCAAACGGCUACCUGAUGCAGAGCCCGGCAAAAGGAAUCUGUUUAUGAUUGGGUAUGAGACUUCACUACUGAUCGGGGUGAUUGAAGAGAGGGGCGGCCGCUAAUCGAUGGUGGAUUGGACCACUAGGGUUUCGCUGUUUUACAUGGUUGGGGUUUUCGAUUUGUGGGGUGGGCUGCGGACUCUUGGUGUUAGCGCAGGUGGAGCGUAUGCUAUUGCAAAGUUUGUUCGAGGGCCGUAUAUGCCAUGGAUCGCCUUUGUGUACUUGAUGGGGCACAUGCUCAUUUCGCAUAUCGAGCGGGAGCUGCAUGGGAUUCCUGGGGUUGUGGAUGUUACUGGUGCGCAAAUGGUUAUGGUCAUGAAGGUUGGUCGACUGAAUACGGGGAAUCUUGGAAGGAGGUAGGGACUCACGGCUUUGAUGUUCUAGUUGACGGCAUUCUGUUGGUCAGUACAUGAUGGCCGAUUGCCCGAGAAGGUAUGAGUUAUUUACUCCUGCCAACAGCUUGUUUCGCGCGGAAAUUGACUUGUGAUUCUAGGAUUUAUCAGCCUUUCAGAAGGAUCGAGCGCUGCCGGUGAUGCCCGGUAUCCUCAACUACACUGCAUAUGUGGUGAGUUUUGUCAUUAGUCUGCUCUUUAUCACUAGCACUAAUAUUUCGCAUAGCUGUUUUUCCCGUCUUUGUUCGCUGGACCUGCGUUUGAUUUUGCAGAAUAUCAGAGGUGGAUUGAUUGCACAAUGUUUGACGUCACAGCUCCUGGUGCAACCAAGGGUAGCACAAAGCGGAAGAGAAAAAUCCCAAAGAGCCACCGUCCGGCAAUUUGGAAAGCUGUUUGUGGAUUGGGCUGGAUUUUUGCUUUCAUGAAGUUUUCUAGCUGGUACAAACCUGAGUUUGUUCUCGGUGACGAGUUUUUGGGCUAUUCAGUCCUGAGAAGGUAAUUAUGUUUUCCGAGCUGGUGUGGAUCGAAAACUGAAUACAGCCAUAGGAUUUGGUAUAUAUACGCUUUGGGUUUCGCCGCACGUCUCAAAUAUUAUGGUGUUUGGUCUCUGACUGAGGGUGCUUCUAUCCUCUCUGGUUUGGGGUAUAAUGGCCUUGAUGAGAACAAGAAGCCUCGCUGGGACCGUUUGACAAAUGUUGACCCUUGGGCGCUCGAGACUGCGGAGAAUUCAAGAGCUUACCUUGAAUCUUGGAAUAUGAACACGAACAAAUGGUUGAAGAACUACGUGUAUCUGAGAGUGACACCAAGAGGAAAGAAACCGGGAUUUAGAAGCUCUUUAGCUACCUUUGGGACAUCGGGUACGAAGGAUUUCUGGGGAUUCAUGUGAAGGCCGGGCUAAUCAAUACGCAGCCAUUUGGCAUGGUAUCUCUCCCGGGUAUUACCUCACGUUCUUAACGGCAUCACUUGUCCAGACGGUUGCUAAAUGUAUGUGUUAUUUGCCCUGAAAAUGGUAGGCUAUUUUUAUUUACUAACUAACGAUCCUGCAUCUAGAUUUCCGACGUCACAUUAGACCCUUCUUCAUGGAGCCGGACGGAAAGACGCCCGGAAAGCACAAGAAGGCGUAUGAUAUCUUCGGUCUUUUAGCGACACAAAUUGGGUUUUCCUACAUUGUCGCGCCGUUUAUCAUCUUGGACUUUAAGAACUCACUCAUACUCUGGGGCCGAGUUAAGGUUAGUGAGAUUGCACUUAUUCGCCCCAUGAAUUAGCAUCUAACGGUGUUUUGUUUUGUCUUAUUUUGUAGUUCUUUGUUCACAUCGGCAUCCUUCUUUCCAUGCUAUUCUUUAACUCGCCUGGAAAAGCUUGGCUCAACCAGAAGUUGAAGGCAAGGAUUGGAAGGCCUGUCACUUCCGAAGGGUUACACAAAUCACCAAGUGCUAGCGAUUUCCAUGGAGGCGCGCUCGGCCUUCCCGACGAUCCUAUGAAAGAUAUUGUGGAUAUACAACGAGAAUUAUUGGCGAAGAAGGAAGCAGUGGUGGUGAAUCGGAGGAGCGCAGUGAACACCGCAAACAAGGAUAAAUAGCCCCUAGUUAAUAGUUCCUUAAUAGAGGGCUGCUGAGACUGGAAACGCACCCAAAAUGCGGUGUUCCCCCUUUCUCUGUUGGAUGCUCUUCCGCCCGCUUAAUGCUUGUUGCACAGGUGGAAGAAGGUUGCGGUUGGGUUGAUACCUUUCCGCGUUCAGUAGUGGGUUUUCUUUUUUUCUUUUCUCUUUGCUUGCGGGAGUGGAGUAUAAUUGGGGUGAACAUUACUACCGGUACUACAUUUUCUAGUUAUAGAUUUUGGGUGAGAGAAAUUGCAGAUUGAUAGACUUG